AUGGCUUUCAGAGGAGGAAAUGCUUCAUCAGGCAUGGGUGUUGCUGAGCACUGCAAAAACACAUUCUUGGAACUGCAGAGGAAGAAGGCUUAUCGCUAUGUGAUUUUUAAAAUUGACGAGAAGAAAAAAGAGGUUGUGGUUGAAAAGACUGGAGGUCCAGCUGAAAGCUAUGAUGAUUUCACUGCUUCAAUGCCUGAGAAUGACUGCCGAUAUGCAAUUUAUGACUUUGAUUUUGUCACUUCCGAGAAUUGUCAAAAGAGCAAGAUCUUUUUCAUUGCAUGGUCACCCUCUGUGUCACGGAUCCGUGCCAAGAUGCUCUAUGCAACAUCAAAGGACAGGUUCAGGAGGGAGCUGGACGGUAUCCAUUAUGAAAUCCAGGCAACUGACCCAACCGAGAUGGAACUAGAAGUCCUUAGGGACCGUGCACACUGA